AUGGCUUACAGUAUCUCAGAUAUCUCAUUCCUAAAAGAGCUGCAACCUUCUGCAAUGACGAGAUCACGCCGACCACGAAACCAGAAGCCCGACCUGUCAUCUGCAAAGAAAGUUUCGGUGGAUGGCCCCGAAGUCGAGCAUUUAGAAACGGCACCCGACACGCAAGAUUUAUCGCAAAACGAGUCAGACACUAUCGGAACAACCAGAUGGAAUAACUUGAAUCGGCCAAAGACGCGCCGUCCCAAUUCCUAUACACCCGGGCUGCACCAAUUGUCCAGAUCCCGUCGGUACAGUCACCCUAGCACUGCGUCCAGCGACUCGUAUCUGCGGAGUCCGACACAACUUCCGGCAAAACCCAAACCGGCGAUGAGUACCAGCCAACUGAGAUCACAGAGUUUUGUCGAUGCACCUGGGCGAGUUGUGAAACGGCCCCCUAUCCUAGGUGCAGGGCAUAUGGGCUCCACCAAGACACGUUAUCCGGACCAUAUUGGCUUCUCAUAUCUUUCCAAGCCCCCACGCUGGGUGAUCAUGCCUGUUACCAAACGUAAGCCAGGAGAUCCUGAUCAGCCUCUGCAAUGGGUAUUCGAUUCUGGUGAGGCUAUUGGCUCUUCGGAGAUGAGGCAGAGCGAGGUGUACAGGAUCGGAUACAAGUAUCUUCAGGAUGCAUACGCCGACCCCGUAUUCAGAGACACCGUGAGAUCCGAGAUUAGAACGGGCCCCUUUGCUUUAAAGGUGGCCGACGUCGAAGACCCCCUUCCGCUUCUUCCUCCGCCGCCUCCUGGUCAGAAGUAUGCUCCGCCAGCAGGUACACACAGUACUGUCGAAUAUUUCCGGGGUUAUGAACGCCCUGUGUUAGCCACACGUCCAGGCCAAUACGCCCCAGACACUGGAUCACCAUCACCCGCUUCCGAGGAUUACAGCACGACUAUUAGUGAUGGUCUAAGUACCAAUACGUUUGAUCGUGCAAAAUCCCUCGAUACUCGCUACUCGGGCAGCAGCGACCUUGAGGAUCAACGAAGCCAAACCGGGACUCAUUUUCGUUGUGACGAAGGCACCGAUGACGGGCCAAUCCUCCAUGUUGGAAACUUGGAAGCAGCAUUCUCGGCGAUGGCCCUUGCAUAG